AUGGCUCAGCAGCAAGUCGAAAAAAAGAAGAGGGCACCCUUGACUCCUUACCCUCCUCCAAAUCCUGUCCAUAUCUGGCCAAAGGUCUACCCUCCAGUUCCCGAAACUUACGCCCCAUUGCUCAACCCACCGCUCGCUUUGGUUGGCCAACUUCCAAAGCUUCCGCACGGCCAGCGUCCGCAGUCUUCCCUCCCUGAUGCCAUCGGCAGGACACAUGUGCUUUCUGCGCACAUCGCCGCUGCUGCAUGGCCACGUGUCAAUUCGGAGCUUUACGUAGAGUCUCAGUGGGCUCCUCCACCAAACGAGACCAAGGAAGAACGCAAGGCUCGUGUUAAACGACACAGCGAGUUCUUGGCCCAACAGUCUUAUGAUAUUGAUAAUGGGCUCGUUGCUACGUGGCCGAAACGCUCCGAAGUGUUGUACAAUGCUUGGAACCGAUAUGCUCGAAAGACCCAAGUUCCAGGAGGCCUGACGCUUAUCGUCACUCAUGCAGUUGGAUUUCCCAAAGAGGCAAAGAUUUUUCAGAUAUGGGAGCCAGCUUAUGCUCAGUUGAUCGAGGCUACUGAGUCGUCUGGCUCAAGAGUGAAGAUCAACGAGAUUUGGGGCUUUGAAGCAACUAAUGCGGGUGAUAGCGCUCUUAUUAACGAGGGAAGAUUGCCCAUUCACUGUCCAUGGACUGACAACGGUCGUGACAUACUCAAUUUCGUCUUGCAUUAUCUCCCAGACCAAUCCACCUCAGGGGAGCUUCCUGUUAACCUUCCCCGCCUCCCAGAUCACAUCGCCACCUCACGUAGGGUGAAUGGAUUCGGAUCUUCCCGUACUCUAGUCGGUGUGGGUCACAGUGCAGGCACGACUGCCCUCUUCCAUGGAGCGAUACAUGAACCCAAGCUUUACAGCUCUCUUAUGGGCUUGGACCCCAUCCUCCUCACCACCGACGUUAAUCGUGGCCCCCAGUUCAGUGCCUGGAUCACUGGCGCGAUAGGGAGAAGAUCACAAUGGCCUUCAAGGGAAGAAGCACACAAGCUACUCGCUGCGUCGCCAUCGUUCUCUUACUGGGAUCCAAGAGUCCUCGAGAUGCUCGUCAAGUAUGGGAUAACAGAGGAUCCGAAGAAUGGACCAACUGCAGUCAAACUUAAGAUGCCCGUCUUUCUCGAGGCUUGCACGUUCGCGGAUAAGAGAUCAGGAAUUGAAACGUUUGAGCAGUUACCGUUGAUUGAUCCCAAGACGGAUAUUAGGUACAUUUACAAUGGGGUAGAUCCGGUUGCCACAGGCGGACUCAGGACGACCCAGCACGCGGCUUGGAGAAGGCCGGUGAAUGUGAGCAAUAAGAGGAUAAAGGCUUCGCACUUAAUGAUCCAGCAAUCGCCUAAUCUUGUUGGCAAGGAGAUUUACGACUUCCUUCAGCUCAAAUAUGGCUCUUCCGGCAGCAAGGCACGGUUAUGA